AUGGCCGAAGUACCACAAGAGCAGAUCAACUCCCAGCACGGCGGCAAACCGCAUUUCUUCAACCAGACCCCGGUCAGCGGCUCAAGCGGUCCGCAAGAGCGCGACGCGAAAGCGCCGCUGCCCAAGGGCGUGGUCCUAGACAAAGAUGGCAAGCCCUGUCGAACCUGCACAUCCAUGUCCUCCUGGCGCGCCUUGACGAAACAAGCCAGAGCUGAACCUGCCGCAUCCUCCACCUCCAGCUCAACCUCCACAGCCUCCACCGUUCCCCUCGCAGCCCCCGCAACUCCAUCCUCAAGCUCGAUCCCCGCAGACUGCCCGCCUGACGUCGAGGAGCUGGGCCGCUCCACCUGGACCCUGUUGCACUCCAUGGCAGCCACGUACCCGGAGAAAGCAGAUACAAAGCAGCAGGAAGACAUGGGCGGGUUCCUGAAGCUCUUCGCGAAGCUGUAUCCGUGCUGGGUGUGCGCGGACGAUUUCCAGUCUUGGAUGGCUCAUCCUAGUGGCCGGAAUAAACCGAAGCUCGGGGGGCGCUCGGAGUUUGGGUGGUGGAUGUGUGAGGCGCAUAACGAGGUGAAUCGGAAGCUUGGGAAGAAGGAGUUUGAUUGUCGCUUCUGGGAGGAGAGGUGGCGGACUGGCUGGAAAGAUGGUCGGUGCGAUUGA